CACAGGUAUGUCUUUACUUGCUCCCCUCAUUUUGUCGUAUUCACUUCUAGAAGACACACUUGGUCGUCUGAAAUACAGUGAUACCAGUUUGAGUUUCACACCAAAGCAUGAGGCUUGAGCUGCCCAUUCUUCUACACCUCAUGCUGUUAAGACUGCAGCGUGCACAGGAUGCCUGUGAUGCUGGUUCUUGCCACCCGGCCAUUGGAGACCUCCUCCUGGGUCGCAGCAAGCAGCUAACGGCCUCGUCGACUUGUGGGAUGAACGGCCCUCAGAAGUACUGCAUCAUAGGCUAUCUCGAGGCUGAGCAGAAGUGCUUUCUUUGUGAUUCCAGACACCCGUAUAAUUCCUAUACACAGUACAACAGCCACAUGAUUGAAAAUGUUAUCACAACUUUUGAGCCUGAUAGGAAAAAAAGGUGGUGGCAGUCAGAGAACGGCAUUAACCAUGUCAGCAUUAGACUGGACCUAGAAACGGUAUUCCAGUUCAGCCAUCUUAUCCUGACUUUUAAGACGUUUCGGCCUGCAGCGAUGCUGGUUGAGCGCUCCACAGAUUUUGGUCAGACCUGGAAAGCAUUUAGGUAUUUUGCUCAGGAUUGUGCAGCUUCUUUUCCCAACAUCUCUUCUGGUCCAGCAAAAGGCGUGGGAGACAUCAUUUGUGAUUCAAGAUAUUCUGACAUCGAGCCCUCCACUGAAGGCGAGGUCGUCUUAAAAGCUUUGGAUCCCAGCUUUGAAAUAGAAAAUCCAUAUGUGCCAUAUAUCCAAGAGCUCAUUACUUUGACAAAUCUAAGGAUAAAUUUUACUAAACUCCACACCCUUGGGGAUGCUCUGCUUGGAAGAAGGCACAAUGAUCCCCUUGAGAAGUAUUACUACGCUGUCUAUGAAAUGGUCGUGCGUGGCAGUUGCUUUUGCAAUGGUCACGCCAGCCAAUGUGGUCCUAUGCAGAGUCUGCGGGGAGAUGUUUUCCAUCAGUCUGGAAUGGUCCACGGGAGAUGCAUCUGCCACCAUAACACUGCUGGUGUGUCCUGUGAAAGAUGUAAAGAUUUCUACAAUGAUGCUCCCUGGAGGCCAGCUGAAGGGGCACAAGAUAAUGCUUGCAAACAGUGCAAAUGCAAUGGCCAUUCUGACAGAUGCCACUUUGACAUGGCAGUGUACCAGGCCAACGGUGGUGACAGCGGUGGUGUUUGUGAAGACUGUCAAGACAAUACCAUGGGGCAACACUGUGAUCAGUGCAAACUUUUCUUUUACCAGGAUCCACUCAAAGUCAUCUCAGACCCUCACGUGUGCCUCCCCUGUGACUGUGACCCAGAAGGCACGCUGCACAACGGCCUGUGUGAGAGCCGCACAGACCCUCUUCUGGGAACUAUUGCUGGUCGAUGCCCUUGCAAGAAGAACGUGGAGGGAGUCCGCUGUGACAAGUGCAGGCCAAACUGCUAUGGCCUGAGUGGCAGUGACCCUCUAGGCUGCCAGCCCUGCAACUGUGAUCCCUCUGGCAGUUUGCCUUUCUCCAGCUGUGAUCCUGCGACUGGAGAGUGCCUCUGUCAGCGGUAUGCCACUGGGCGACGCUGUGAAAAAUGCAUCUUAGGGUACUGGGGCCUUGGCAAGAGCUUGUAUGGCUGCUCUCCAUGUGACUGUGACAUUGGGGGAUCCCAGAAUAACUUGUGCUCACCAAAGGAUGGUCAGUGCAUGUGUCUUCCCAACAUUGUGAGCCGCCAGUGUAAUGAACCAGCCUCAGGCUACUUCUUCUUACCCCUGGAUUAUUACAUUUAUGAAGCUGAGCAUGCAAAGCCCCUUUCUGGAUCUGCACCUCUGGUUAAACCAACAGCUCUUCCAAGAUGUGACAUCUAUUUCCAAAAGCAAGGAUAUGAGUUCACAAUAGAAAAUGGAAAGAUUGUGUUAAACAGGAGCAAGAAACGAACUGUAAGAAAAGCAGGAUUGGAACAGGGUACAGUUCAGUUUGGACACAACUCCGCUGUGGCGGUUGUUUUCAGGCAGCCCAGCCCCGGCAGACCUGUCACGUGGACGGGACCUGGCUUCGCCCGGGUUCCCAGGGGAGCCGGACUGACAUUUACCAUUAACAACAUUCCCUUUGCUAUGGACUUUGAUAUCAUCAUCCGUUACGAGCCUGAGUCCUUGGAAGACUGGCUAGCAAGUGUUGCCAUUCAACCCGCUGGUAUUUUGUCAAGUCAACGCUGCAAAAACAAGGCCACUUCACAGGAGUCACAUUCAUUGGCUCUCCCAGCUAUGAAAAGAAUUGCACUUCUGCAAAAGCCAGUCUGUUUAGAGCCAGGAACAGAAUAUUCUGUGGAUGUUUAUUUUUCUCAACCGUCUGCCUCCAACCCAAAGGUUAAAUCGUUCAUCUUGAUCGACUCACUUGGACUUAUUCCCAGAAUCAGCUCUGUGGAGAACUUAUGCAGUAAAAAAGAUUUAGAUGAGUACCAGAAGUAUCACUGUAUUGAAAUUGCAUCAGAAGUUGGACCUCACAUCCUGCCUGAAGCGUGUGCAAGGCUCAUAGCAAGCUUGUCAGCUCAUAUUCAUAACGGAGCAGUUGCAUGCAAGUGCAAUCCCCAAGGGUCACUGAACACCAGCUGCAGUAAACUCGGGGGCCAGUGCCAGUGCAAAGCUAAUGUCGUGGGCCGCUGCUGUGACACAUGCUCGGUGGGGAGCUACGGCUUUGGGUUCCACGGCUGCUACUCGUGCGAAUGCCACCCCCAAGGCUCGGUGAGCACGCUGUGUGACCAGGUGACAGGGCAAUGCUCUUGCCGCCGAGAGGUUGUUGGUCAACGCUGCAGCCGCUGUCUGGCUGGGUAUUUUGGAUUUCCCCACUGCCGCCCUUGUUCAUGUAAUGGCUACGCAGAGCUUUGCGACCCAGUGACUGGAGCAUGCCUGAACUGCGGAGGGUUCACAGCUGGAAGCCACUGUGAAAGGUGCAUGGAUGGCUAUUAUGGAAGUCCUCUCAAAAGAGAACCCUGCCGCCCAUGCAUGUGCCCAGAGGCACCUACUAGCAGUAGGUAUUUUGCGCAUUCCUGUUUCCAAGACUCCCAGACUGCACAAUUAGUCUGCAAUUGUCUCAAGGGAUAUUCAGGCAAUCAGUGUGAUGAGUGUCCUAGUGGGUUCUACAAAAAUCCAAGAAGCCCUGGGGUUGACUGUGUGCCAUGUUCCUGCAAUAAUAACAUUGAUUUGACAGACCCAGAAUCCUGUAACAGGGUCACUGGAGAAUGCAUCAAGUGUUUACACAACACACAUGGAACAAACUGCCAGUUCUGCAAACCGGGAUAUUUUGGUUCUGCCGUCCAUCAGAACUGCCGAAGAUGUACAUGCAAUCUUGCAGGUGUUAGCCCUGCCAUGUGCCCAGCUGGGAACGAGGCCUGCAUCUGUGACCCAGCCACGGGAGCUUGCCCGUGCCUGCCUAACGUGGUGGGCAUUACCUGUGACCAGUGCGCGUCUGGCUACUGGGACAUGGCUAGUGGAAAAGGAUGUCAGCUCUGUGACUGCAAUCCAGAAAAUUCCCAAAGUAACCAGUGUAACCAGUUCACAGGCCAGUGUCAAUGUAAGCUAGGUUACAGUGGAAGGCGUUGUGAUGAAUGUGAGGAGAAUUACUUUGGCAAUCCACAGACACAUUGCUUUCCAUGUGAGUGUAAUCAGGAGGGAACGGGCCAGCCCAAGUGUGACCAAGCCACUGGUGCGUGCAACUGCCGUGCUGGCGUCACCGGGAGGUUUUGUGACCAGUGUGGCCGCGGCUUUGAGAAAGAGUUUCCCUCUUGCCAUCAGUGUCAUCUUUGUUUUGAUCAGUGGGAUGCUGAAAUUACUACCCUCUCUCAGACUGUUCAAGGGUUAAUGAGGUUCGCUGCAAAUCUAGAAGAUAAAGGACGACGAAUGCCCAGCUGUGAUAUGCACUUCAAAGGCUUUGAAAACACCAUUUCUGAAAUUGAAAGAAUUUUGAAACUUCCUGUUCUUUCAUUGGAGACAUUUGCAGACAUCAAGGAUUUUCAUGCCUUUUUGCAACAAGAAGUUGCACAAAUGGAUCCACUUCACAAUAUACGGUAUGAAUUUCCUAACUUAAAUGAGAGAAUGGAAGAGAUUGGGGAAGAAGCUGACCUGCUGUAUGAACUUCUACAACAGAAAAUACAUCUACAUCACAGUUUUCACUAUUUGAACCUCAAAGAGGCUGUCAGCGACAUUAGGAAACACUUUGAAAUAUCAUUGUUGGCUGAAAAGAAAACCAGUGGGACAGUCCCAAUUGUAAGAUAUUCAGAGUACACCAGAAAGAGUGCACUUGCUAUGCUGGAUGAUCACACCUUGAAAGAAAGCAAUGUUCUGGAACAACUCAAGAUUAUCAAGACCCCUGACAUCCAAAACUUGAAUGAAAAGAUCUGUGGGGUGCCAGGAAAUCAGCCGUGUGUUACAGCAGCAUGUGGGGGAGCUCUGUGCCGAGAUAGGUACGGACUCAAGCGGUGUGGUGGCCCAGGCUGCAGUGGAGCUCUUCCUCGUUCUGCAGAGGCACUCAGGAAAGCUGAGGAGACUGCUGUGUCGUUAAAAAACUUGACGACUCGACUACAGGAACCUGAGAAUCAGGUUGAAAGCAUCAGAAAAAUGUCAGAAGACACCAAGUUGAAAGGCUCACAAUUAAAUGGGGAACUAGAGAGAGCUAAGAAUCAAAUUGGAGUUGACCAGGAGAUCACUAAGGAGUUCAUCAGAAAAGUAAAAGUCUUCUUAUUAGAUGAGAGUGCACCUCCAGAGGACAUCGAGAAGGUGGCAAACUAUGUUCUGCAAAUAAACCUUCCCCUGACCGCGCAAGAGCUAACAAGCAUGCUUGACAAAAUCAGAAACGUUAUGAACUACUGUGAGAAGUACAAAAUGAACAUGAAUAAGAGAAACAGAAAAAUGGAAGAAGCUCAGAAGCUACUGGUGAAGGCAAAGCAAGCCGACAAAGCAGCAAAAGCUCUUCCACCUGUAAAUGAAAUUAAUAAUAUACUAAAAAAUGUUGUGAACUCCCAAGGACACUCCAAAGGCACUUUGAUAAAGUUAAAUGAAGAGAUACAAGAAAUCAGAACACAGAUCUCACAGGCUGAAAAGCAAGUGAACAAGACAAGUGAUGAACUAAAUGACUUCUCAGCAAAGCAAUCGGAGAUGGAAGAUGAGCUUGCCACGUUGCAGAUGAAAAUGAUGGAGAAUAGGAAUCAAGCUACAAAUGCAAAAGCAGGGGCAGAAGCAGCAAACAAGCAAGCUCAGAAUAUCAAUAAUGAAUUUGCUGACAUCAAAAGAAAGUACACCAUUCUUCAAGAGAAGCUAAAAGCCAAAGGACCUUCAAAAGUAACAUUAGAGAAAGUGAAACAGCUGAAAGAAGAAGCAGAAAAACUGGCUGAAGAGACUGAAAAAAAAAUCAAAAGAAUAACAGAUUUGGAGAAGAAGCUCCAGGACCUGAAUCAAACCAAACAAGACAAGGCAGAGCAACUCAGACAACUAGAGGAACAAGUGAUAGCCAUUAAAAAUGAAAUCACUGAGCAGGAAAGCAAGUAUGCAACAUGCAAAAGUUAGGGUCUGAGCAGACCAGCAUGUCAAGUGAACCUGAAGUCUCCAUGUUUACCACCUCCUGAACUUCCCAGCAUGGAGUGGCUGUCCUCUGUAAACACAUCUGAAGGUGCAUGCAGUACUUUGGCAUAGGGAACAAUGUAACUUCCUCUUGGUUUUUAGUCCAGUUGAGUUGAUAUGGAAAUAGGAAAUACCUUCUAAUAAAACAUCUGUUUGACUAAUCAGGA